AUGCAUUAUCUACAAUUGUCCCCUUUCUCUGUGUUCGGUCUCUUCCUGCGCCCUACCCAAUCCGAGCGUUUGACGAUGGCCGAAUCCAAGCAGUUACAGCUUGAUGGCGAGUCGAUGGCGGUCGCCUUCGUGAAAAAUCGUCUUCCAGCGUCUCACCCCAUGUUUGAUUAUUACAAUCGUACAGUGGGGGAGGAGAUUGCCGAAGACGAGGGCGAGGAGGAUGACGCUCCAUCCCGUCCUGCGUUCACCCAAGCAAGAACCAUGACCUUUUGGGCGAAUUUGUUUCCUCAGGCGAUGGCGAAAUUCAAUCAGUCAUCGCCAUCCCGUCAACGCGAGCAAAAGACAUACACCAUUCGAGACAAGGCUGACUGGGACUCGGUAGUCGAUACUCUUGAAGCGGCGCGCGACCACUAUCAGCCUACUGAGAUAUCCGGCCACAAAUGGGGGUGGCGAAGCUGGACCAGAGCGCGACGCCGUGCAGCAGAUCACGUCGAGCCAGUGGCUGAAGUCGUGCGCACGGCGGCCGCUGUAGCGCCGAGCAACCCCUAUUCAACGCCUGUCCUGGCGUCGCUUGGUAUUAUCCUGCAGGCAGUUAAGGCAUCUAGCAAUGUUCGAACCCGGACUCUCGAAGGCUUGAAAGACCUGAUCCCCGUGUUCUCGGAAGCGGAAUUGUUUCUUUCCACCUUCCCCAAAGACGAUUAUAUCAACAAGGCCUCCCUAGACCUGGCUGUUGCCACCUUGGACGCCAUCGAUCGGGCUAUCACGUUCUUCUCUAGCAAUGAGUUCUUCCGUGGGGUAAAAGCAAUCUUGGCUGGUGGACAAUAUGAGAGUGCCUUGCUGAAAAGCCUCGAUCAAAUCCAAAAUAAAAGCCAGACUCUGAAUGAGGAGGCGAGGAAGUCGUACAGUCACGAGAACCAUAUCGCUAUACAACAGUCACGGCAGCGCGACAAGGGGAACAAGGCAUUCCAGGCCAUCGUGACCAACGGAAUUAAAAAGAUUCAGGAUCUGAUGGCUGAACACAUGAUGCAAAUGGAGUCGGAUCGAUUGCGAGCGGAGUCAGAUCUACAGCGGAAGAACGAUGAAUUGGAGGCAGCCCGUGAGGAGAUCCGAUAUCUGCAAUCACGCAAGGGAUGGCUACAUGGCGACUUCCUUGACGUUAUCCCGCUGGAAGAUCGGCUAUCCCGCCCUCAUACCCCCACAGUCCCGACAUACCUUAGCCUUGUAACUCUGCGACGAAUGCUCGGUGUCCCAGAGCUAGAUCAAUUUGAUAUGCAUUCGGUGGCAAAUUUGAGAGGCAGACUGCCCGAGAAGGAACAGGCGCAGGCCGAGCAAGCGCUGCAUACGGCAGAAUUCCAUCAAUGGCUGGUGGCACCGGCCUCUUGUCAGCUCCUGGCCGUCUGCGAUCGCCCCGCGGCCACAACGCAGGUGGGGGUCUCGGCGCUCUCAGUGCUGGCGUGCACAAUCACGCAAGCCAUGCAGGCUCAGCCGCGGUUCAUAGCAUUGGUGUUUUUUGCGGGCAGACAAGCAGAACGUGUCUCGGUUGGUGAGGGGGAGGCUUCAGGCGGGCCUACCGCCCUGGUUCGCUGCCUUAUUGACCAGCUGCUCCGCCAACACGACUAUGAUCUCCGACGCCAGGCUCUUGCCGGCGACGUGAUGGGCUCGUUGGACGAGCAGAUCGAGCUCUUGGAGAGUCUGGUCCGACAGCUACCUUUCACCCGCACCCUGUGUUGUCUUAUCGAUGGAGUUGUACUCCUGGAAAGAGAUGACGAAUACGCUGCAGCAGCGCUGCCGGUGUUGUUGCGUCUCAUCAAGCUCGUUCACGAUCCUAGUGUCCGCGCCCCGCUGAAAUUACUAUUCACCAGCACUCCUGGCCCUACAUUUAUUCGGAAGGCCUUCGUGAGCCCAGAAGAAGUCCUGAACGUCCGGGCAUUAGCGUCGCAUGGGCAGAUCCCGAGUGACGAGCGAGUGGCACGUGAGCUUGGCGAGGCGUUCUAUGAGGAAGAGCAAUGGUAA